ACGAAUGCGAGAGAGACCCGUGUAAAAAUGGGGGCAUCUGCACAGAUCUGGUUGCCAACUACUCUUGUGAAUGCCCUGGGGAGUACAUGGGAAGGAACUGCCAAUACAAAUGCUCUGGACCACUUGGCAUGGAGGGGGGCAUCAUCUCCAACCAGCAGAUAACAGCCUCAUCCACACAUCGUGCUCUGUUCGGCCUGCAGAAGUGGUACCCCUACUUUGCCCGGCUCAACAAGAAGGGCCUGGUCAACGCAUGGACGGCUGCCGAGAACGACAGAUGGCCCUGGAUCCAGAUAAACCUACAGAGGAGGAUGCGGGUCACGGGCCUAAUUACCCAGGGUGCAAAGCGCAUCGGCAGCCCAGAGUACGUCAAGUCUUACAAAGUGGCCUCUAGUGAUGAUGGCAAGACUUGGAGGACAAACAAAGUCAAGGGCACAGACGAGGACAUGAUAUUCCGUGGAAAUGUGGAAAACAACGCUCCUUCUGCCAACUCCUUCACCCCUCCCAUUGAGGCGCAGUACGUGCGCAUCUACCCCCAGGUCUGUAGGAGACACUGCACCCUGCGCAUGGAGCUGCUUGGCUGUGAGCUCACAGGCUGCUCUGAGCCCAUGGGGAUGAAGUCAGGCCACAUCCAGGACUACCAGAUCACAGCGUCCAGCCUCUUCAGAACACUCAACAUGGACAUGUUCACCUGGGAACCCAGCAAGGCCCGUCUGGACAAACAGGGAAAGGUCAAUGCCUGGACUUCUGGACGCAGUGACCAGUCCCAGUGGCUUCAGGUUGACAUGCUCCUGCCUACUAAAAUCACCGGCAUCAUCACCCAGGGGGCCAAGGACUUUGGCCAUGUCCAGUUCGUGGGCUCCUACAAGGUGGCCUACAGCAACGAUGGAGAGAGGUGGCUCCUAUAUCAAGAUGAAAAACAGAAGAAGGACAAGGUGUUCCAAGGAAACUUUGACAAUGACACGCACAGAAAGAACGUGAUUGCUCCGCCCAUCUACGCCCGAUUUGUCCGGAUCCUUCCAUGGUCGUGGUACAGCAGGAUCACUUUGCGUGCAGAGUUACUGGGAUGCACAGAGGAAGAGUGACCAACCCCUCCCCCUCCUCCCUCCCCCCUUUAAUAAUGGAUCAUCUAGCCCAGAUCCAGUGUUUCAAUAUAAACUGUGCAACCUGUAAAAAGAAAUCAAUUUCAAAUGGAUUUUUCAAGAAUACGUGUUUGGUUGUGUUGGGUUGCUGUUUGUUUUUUGUACAAUGAUUUAAACUUGUCCUUGUCCCCAAAAAAUUAUUUUUGUGGUUAAUGUCUUUUUUCUUUUUCUUUUUCUCCAGAUUUCCAUCGUGUUUCGAAUGAACUUGUGUAACAUAU